UUCAUUGAGUGCAAAUAGUAAAGCAUCAGUUUGUCGUGUUCAAUUGUUGUUCAUCUCUCAUCAGCGGUUGUAUCUCCGAAUUGUUUCAGUCACCGUAUCCAGUUAGUUACAUUUUGUGAGUGACAACAAAAAAAAACUGCGCACAUUUCAAACAUGAGAGUACUAUUUAGUGCUAUAGUUGUUGUUUUUGGCGCAACCAUGGUAAUUGGCUUUCCAAAAUCACAUCAACGGCAUUCGGAUUACGAUGAAAAUACGUGUCCACGACGUUGUUCUGAACAAUAUUAUCCAUUGUGCGGCAUCAAUCAAGCAGGCGACACAAAAGUUUUCACAAACGAUUGUUACAUGUCAAUGGAAAAUUGCAAUCAAUUGCCUCAACAAGUUUUCCAUUUGACUGAUGAAUCCGAUUGUCCCGACUACGACGAAUGGUUCAGUGACGACAGCAUUCGGAAAAAACUUAACAUUUAAACAUAUCAUUCUGAAUUUUUUUAAAUCAAAUAUACUAACAAAACAUGUUUAAACAAAAACAGAGACGCAGAAACGAUUGUAAAUAAAUUAUUUGUAUAUGAUUUCUGAUAAGUUCACAUUGUUCGUUAAUAUAUUAAUUUUUUGUGUGUGCGAAAAUGAA